AUGAGUGUAUACAAGACAGUAUUCAUACCGACGUUGAUUUUUGGCUGUGAAAGUUGGGUAUUAACUAAAAAGAUUGAAGAGUUAGAUCCAAAGAAUGGAGAUGUUAUAUCUACGAAGAGUACUUGGGUAACAAGGAAAGAUAGACUAAGGAAUAGCUUUAUAAGAGAGAAACUAAAAGUAGAUUCGAUUCUGAAUAAAAUUGAGCAAUGUCAGCUUAGGUGGUAUGGAGAUUUGAUUAGAAUGAACGACAUACCAGUAAAAGGCGUGUGGGAAGCUAAAAUGCAGGGAAAGAGACCAAGGGGAAGACCGAGUAAAACAUGGAAUGAUACAAUAGAGAAGAUAGUGCAGAAUAGAGGACUAACAUUAAUAGAAGCCCAACCAAACCAAACAAUUUGUGUAUAG